GUUGCGAUCGGGUGUAAGUGUGUCUGCGUGUAUGACUCUGAGGGCUUGUGUGGUGGAUUGAUCAUGUUUUUUUUUUCUAGAAUUCGAGGAAAGCUAUACUGGGUAUAGAAAAUGGACAGUGGGAAGCCCCCAUACAAGACUAGUGGUCGAAGUUUGCCAAGCAUGAGUAACCUAAUACUAAACAGUACUUCAGUGAGUUAGUUGUGCAUUUCAUCCUAUAUUCUGAAAUGCUCCCCGUCCCACCCCUCUCGUGAUAAGCAGGAAAAUACCAUGGAUGAGUCGACACCAACCCCGGGUCCAAGAUACAAUGAACCCCUCCGUAAAAGGAUUAAAUCAUUGCCUGGCGUGUGCGGAAUCAUCUACUUCUUUAUUUUCCUUGCGUUGUUCAUCGGUUUUCUGUACUAUACUGGAGUGAUAUGUUUUUCUUUUUCAAAGACUAUGCGAAUUAAUCAAUGCUGAACUAGCAUAUACGAACACUUUUGAUCGAAUUAGAUUUCAGGGUAGGUAAUAGGAUGUCUGGUCUGAUUUUAACAUUAUCUAGAAUAUCCCCUCUCCCUAAAAUACCAUCCACGACGACGAACAUGGGACCCCUGUGAAAACCAACUAGAAAAAAUAAUAAUAAUAAAAAUUGAAAAAUCCUUAACAGACAUCAUCAGAGAAAAAAUCCCUAAAAAUCUAAAUUGAUCCAAAUUACCACCAUGGAUUGUUCGAGAAGUAAACGUUUCACUAACGUAUCAGUCUCAUCAGCGAUGGGAAUCCCCCGACUAAAAAUUAUCAUCACCACUGCCCUAUAAAGGCUCGACACCGACUCCGUCCUCAUCAGAUUUUCCUUCACACAAGCAAGCAAACUUUUGAAUGGUUGAAACCUUCGAUAUUUCAGGAAUUGAGCAGAUUUACAGUCGGAAUACCUGAAGCCAAAAGCAGCAAAUUGGUUGUGACUUUUCCAAUUCUGAAUUCAACAACGUCAAACAAAUUAUGAGUACAUACGGACCCACAGGCAACGAAGGCAGCAGAGAUGAUGGUGGAUAUGGAGAACAGACCUACGGCGUUCAAGAAAAUGAGCCUUCUAGGCAUGGGCCAGGGAACGAAGGCAGCAGAGGUAAUGGCGGAUAUGGAGGAGAGACCCACGGCGUUCAAGAAAAUGAGCCUUCUAGGCAUGGGACAGGGAACGAAGGCAGCAGAGGUAAUGGCGGAUAUGGAGAAGGAAACUACGGCGUUCGAGAAAAUCAGCCUUCCAGGCAUCGCCCAGGGAACGGAAGUAAUAACGGGUAUGGAGUAGGGACCCACGGCGUCCGAGGAAAUCAGCCUUCCAUGCAUGGGGGUGACAUCAAUCUUUUUGUACAGGCCACUAGAAAUCCAAUUCCAAUGAAAGCCAACUCAAACUGGACUCUCAAUGAACUACACCAGCAAGCCGCCUUAACUUGCAGAAUGGACAGUAGCCAAUGCUACUCAACUUGCGUUGGUAUACAACUAUCCGGAUCGCAACGAGUUUACCACACAAGCAUUCAAGAAGGUUCAACUAUCAGCGUGAAUGCACGUCUACGUGGAGGCUAAAGAUGAGGUGAUACAUGAAACUGUUUGACGUAACUUCUAAAGAUGAUAUUGACAGAUUAAGAUUUGAAAAGGCGUAUGCCAGAAGACAAGAAUUUGAAAAGAAGCAAUGAGAUUUAUACGACUAAUGUCUGCACGGAUGCAGCAAGGAAUCAUCAGUGAAAGUUGUUGAGAAUAGUUAUAGCAACGGAAAUGAAUCAGCGAACAUAUGAGAUGGAUGACAUCACAGGGGAGGUGACUGUAUAUGAAAUAUGUUAGACUGCAAAGCUGUAAAUCUGAUUCGAAAUUUUAAAAGAAAUGCAAGCACGUCCUGCCAAAUGAUAUUGGGUUCAGCGCUGAGUACCACAAACCCCAAACUUUUUGAACGAGCUUAACAUAAAGUGCAAAUUUGUUUUAAGGCGUAAUCACCCAGUCAAAUCGUUCUAAGUUGAUUUCAGUAACAAAGCCACUUUAGAAUAAUUCGCUGUGUAGUCAUGUGUUUUUGUUUCACAAGCUAUGGAUUAGAUAAUUAAUGUGUCAACUAAACAUAUACGUCAAAUAUUUGUUUACAAAAUGAAUAUGAUUGUUCCAUCAGUAAUGUGGAAGUAGUAAUUAUAGCUUUAGAGUUUAAAUUAAAAAAUGUAUUUUUUCUAUUCGUAUUUUAUCACUUUCACAGUUCGAAUCUCAACAAUUUUGCAUUAUUCAAUUUUGUCUGGUUUAAUCAAAUUAAACUUCAUGUCAUAACAAAUUGGCUGUUUCAUUUAAAUCAUCAAUUUCAUUAUUGUGUAGUUGUAGAAUUUAAAUUUUGUAUUUUCCAGCAAAAUUAUUGGAAGAAAUGUUAUGUGAAUGUUUGUAUUCAUCUCUGAUUGACUAAAAAGUAUAACCUUGAAGUCAGAUAGAUUAAAUGCUAAAUUAACAAUGAUAUAAACU